AUGUCCAAAUUCAAAUUCAAUAUUGAUUUGAUUGUUAAGGCAGAAACUGAACUUUUCAUCGCUGGAGAAGUUUUUUCUGAGCAGAGCCUAUUGGAACCCCAUUCGUCAGCUAUCGACGAAAAUUUACUAUCAGAAAAGGGAAUUACAGGGACAUCAUUACAAUCAAGUCAGCUAUUUUCAUCCUUUGCAAACAAUGAAAAUUUUGCUUCAAUAUCAGUGGACGGCAGUUAUGGGUCCAAAUCUUUGGCUAUUGAGAAGACAAAUGAAAUCAAACACACCGAUAUAGUAUUAUCAUCAAUUAUUGACAGCGUGGUUACAGUAGAAAAUAAUAGCCUAGUUUUAAAAGAAGGAAAUUCUGAACAAUCACCAGUGGCAGCAUCAACAUCAGUACUUGAUGGAAAGAAUGAGAGCAUACCUGCACCAAGACCAAUGUCUCUACAACAGGAACAACAUACAUCAGCAUCACAAGAAAGUUAUUCCUCAUCUGUUUCUACAUCACAAUCAGAUACAAAUACACAUUCACAACUUUCCACAGCCAGUUCUAUUCAUUUGAUACCUUAUCCUACAGAAAACUCAGUUAUCACUUACAAUAGCUUGCUGCUUAACUCACAUUCAUUCAAUACAAUAACAGAAAAUAACACAUCUGCAUUAAGAAAAACACAAAAUUCAAUAGAUAAUACUUUAAGUAAUGUACAAACAUCCUCAAUUGCAGCUACAUAUAAUUCAUCUUUACCCAAUGAAGCAUUUUCAUCAUUACUUACAUCUUCAUUGCACAAUUUUGAUACAUCAUCAACUAUAUCAACAGAUAAAUCACAUUUUUUAAAUUCAGUUUCUAUUGACACAUUUUUACCGACACAGCUUAUUACUGACUCACUAACAUCUACACUUGUUUUAAUUGACACACCAAUUCUAGAUGACACAUUACUAUUUAACUCAUUGUCAAAUGCUAUACAAACAUCACAACAAGUAUCGAAAUCCACAUUAACACCUACCUCAUUAUUAAAUAAAUAUUCAUCAACCACCUCAUUGCUGAAGAACACAAUUACAUCAAAACCAGUUAUAUCAUUAAACACAUUAUCUUCAAAGCCGUCCAUAAAUUCUACAUCUACACCGAUAUUAGAAACUACAUUUUCAUCAUCACAGAUCAUACAUUUGGAUUUUACCCCAGCACUGACAACAGGUACUCCAAUGGUUGUAACUGCCACCAAAGAAGCUUCAUCCGUCAUGCAUGUCCCUAAUAUAUUUCAAUCAGUGAUAAGUUCAACGAGCAAAACUUCAACUGACAUUAAUAUCUCGAUAGAGAAUUCAAUGCUCACAAAACAAACUUCAACAGUGAUGAGCUCCCUGUUAGAGUCUUCACUGGAAUUGAAUGAAACUGUAAAUUCCUCACCACUGCUGAUUUCCAACAUAGAGUCUUCACUAGUACUGCAUGAUAUAAUACCGACUUCAUCAGAAAUGAGUUCAACGAUUGAGUCUGCAUUAAUUGUGAAUGAUAAAAUACAGAGUUUGACAGUGACGAGUUCUAUGACAGAGUCUUUAUCAAUGAAGAAUAAAUCGAGAGAGACUAUACAUGUGAUUGCUUCCAUGGUUGAGUCAUUAUUAGGGAACAGUACCACAAUACAGGUUUCCCCAGUGUGGAAUCCAACAAUAGGGUCGUUUUUAAUAAUGAAUUCCACAAUACAAACUUCACCAGGCAUGAGUACCACGAUAGAGUAUUCGCCGUUGAUGAAUGAUACAUUACAGACUUCACCAGUGAUGAAUUCCGCUUUAAAGUCUUCAUCAUUGACAAAUGCUACAAUACAUACUUUACCAGUGAUGAGUUCAACGAUACUGUCAUCAAUAGUGAUGAGUUUCAAGAUACUGGCAUCCCAAGCGCAAAGUACUGCAAUAGAGUAUUCGCAAAUGAUAAACAAUACAAAACAGAUUUCACAAGUGAUGAGUUCCAAUAGACAGUCUUCAUCUGAGAUGACUAAUACAGUACAUACUUUACCAUUGAUAGGUUCAACAAACCAAUCAUCAUCAGUACCAAAUGCUACAAUACAGCUUUUACCAGCGAUGGGUUCCGAGAUAGAGUCAUCAUUAGUGAUGAAUGAUAUAAUACAAACUUCAUCAGUGAUAAGUUCUACGAAGGAGUCAUCAACAGUGAUGAAUGACAUACUACAGACUUCAUCAGCAAUGAGUUCAACGAUAGAAUCAUCAUCAGUGAUGAGUGAUACAAUACAAACCUCAACAGGAAUGAGUUCAACGAUAGAAGCAUCAUCAAUCAUAAAUAAUAUAAUGCAGACUUCGCCAGUUUUAAGCUUUGCAAUAGCGUCUUCGCAACAGAUGAACGAUACAAAACAGAUUUCACUAGUGAAGAGUUCAUCAGGGAUGAGUUCAAAGAUAAAGUCAUUACCAAUGAUCAGUGAUACAAUAUUGACUUCAACAGCAACGAUAGAUACAUCAUCAGUUAUCAGUGAUACAUUAUAUACUUCACCAGUGAUGAGUUCAACGACAGAGUCAUUUUCAGUGAUGAGUGAAACACUUCAGUCUUCACCAGUAAUGGAUUCACCAAUUGAGUCAGUAUUAGUUAUGGGUGAUAUAAUACAGACCUCAUCAGUGCUGGGGUCCACAAUAAAGUCAUCAUCAGUGAUGAGUGAUACAAUACAGUCUUCAAUAGCAAUGGAUUCAUCGCUAACGUCAUUUUCAGUGAUGAGUGAUACAAUACAGACUUCACCAUUGAUGAGUUCAUCGAUAGAGUCAUCACUAGUUAUGCGUGAUACAAUACAGUUUUCCCAAGUGACGGGUUCAACAAAAAAAUCCCAAACAGUGAUGAGUGAUACGAUACAGAGUUCGCCAGAUAUUGAUUCACCGAUACAGUUAUCAUCGUUUAUGAGUGAUAUAAUACAUAUCCCAACAGCAAUGAGUUCAUCGAUAGAGUCAUCAUCAGUAAUGAUUGAUUCAAUUAAAACUUCAAUCGCAAUGGAUUCAUCGCUAACGUCACCAUCAGUUUUGAGUGAUACAAUACAACCUUCACCAUUGAUUGAUUCAUCUAUAAAAUCAUCAUCCGUGAUAAAUGAUACACUUCAAACUUCACCUUUGACCAGUUCUUCUAAAGAGUCAUCCUCUUUUAUGAGUCAUACAGAACAAACGUCAGCAGCAAUGAGUUCAACGAAAGAGUCAUCAUCACUGAUUAGGGAUACAGGACAAACUUCAACAGCAAUGAAUUCCACAAUAGAGUCUUCAUCAGUGAUAAGUGAUUCAAUACAGGCUUCAACAUCAAUGAAUUUCUCGAUAGAGUCAUCAUCAGCAGAAAUGAGUGAUACGAAAAAAACUUCAGUAGAAAUGGAUUCAUCACUAACGUCAUCUUCAGUGAUGAGAGAUACAAUACAGACUUCAUCAUUUGUGAGUUCAACGAUACAGUCAUCAUCGUUUAUGAGUGACACAAUACAGACUACAACAGCAGUGAGUUCUUCGAUACAGUCAUCAUCAGUUAUAAAUGAUACAAUACAGAAUUCACUAAAGAUUGGUUCGACAAUAGAGUCAUCAUCGUUGAUUAGUGAUACAAUACUGACUCCAACAGCAAUGAUUUCCUCGAUAGAUUCAUCAUUAGUUAUGAGUGAUACAAUACAGACUACAACAGCAGUGAGUUCUUCGAUAGAGUCAUCAUCAGUUAUGAAUGAUACAAUACAGAAUUCACCAAAGAUUGGUUCGACAAUAGAAUCAUCAUCGUUGAUUAGUGAUACAAUACUGACUCCAACAGCUAUGAUUUCCUCGAUAGAUUCAUCAUCCGUAAUGAGUGAUACAAUUCAAACUUCAAUAGCAAUUGAUUCAUCGUUAACGUCAUCAUCAGUGAUAAGUGAUACACUUCAAAUUUCAACAGUAAUGAGGGUUACAUUACAAACUUCAAUAGCAAUGGAUUCAUCGCUAACGUUAUUAUCAGUGAAUUCACAAUUGAUGAGUUCAACAAAAGAGUCAUCAUCAGUGAUGAGUGAUUUAAUAAAGUCUUCACUAGAGAUGGUUUCACCAAGAGAGUCAUCAGUUAUGAAUUCUACAAUUAAAACUUCAUCAUUAAUGGAUUCAUCAUUAAAGUCAUCAUCAGUGAAGACAGAUACACUUCAAACUUCUACAGCAAUAAGCUCCACGAUAGAUUCAUCAUCAGUAUUGAUUUAUACAUUUCAAACUGCACUUGUAACGGAUUUAUCGAAACCGUCAUCUACAGUGAUGAGUGAUACAAUUCUGAUUUCACCAGUGAUAAGUUCAGAGAUAAAGUCAUCAUCAGUAAUUAGUGAUACAAUUCAAACUGAACUUGUAACGGAUUCAUCGAAACCGUCAUAUACAGUGAGGAGUGAUACAGAACACACUUCACUAGUAAUAGAUUCAUCGGUAACGUCAUCACCAAUAAUUAGUGAUACAAUACAGACUUCACCAUUGAUGAGUUCAACGAUAGAAUUAUCAUCACUGAUGAGUGACACAAUUCUGAUUUCACCAGUGAUAAGUUCAGAGAUAGAGUUAUUAUCAGUGGUAAGUGAUACAAUACAGUCUUCACCCGUGAUAGGGUCAACAAUAAGGUCAUCAUCAGUUAUGAAUGUUACAAUACAGAAUGCAUCAGUGCUGGGGUCCACGAUAAAGUCAUCAUCAAAGAUGAGUGAUACAAUAAAAACUUUAUCAGUUAUUGAUUCAUCUAUCAAGUCAUCAUCAGUUAUAAGUGAUACAAUACAGUCUUCACCAGUGAAGGGUUUAACAAUAGAGUCAUCAUCAGUUAUGAGUGAUACAAUUCAGACUAUACAAGAGAUUAGUUCGACGAUAAAGUCAUCAUCGUUGAUGAGUGAUACAAUACAGACUCCAACAGCAAUGAUUUCCUCGAUACAGUCAUCAUCAGUGAUGAGUGAUAAAAUACAAAUUCCACCAUUAAUGGAUUCAUCUAUCAAGUCAUCAUUAGUGAUGAGUAAUACACUUCAAACUUCUCCAGUAACGGAUUCAACAAUACAAACUUCACCAGAGAUGAGUUCAGCGAUAGAGUCGUCAUCGGUGACUAAUAAUACAAGACAGACUUCUGCAAUGCUGGAUUCCACGAUGGAGUCAUCAUCAGUUAUGAGUUAUACAAUACAAACUUCAUCAUUAAUGGAUUCAUCAAUAAAGACAUUACCAGUGAUGACUGAUACAAUACAAGCUUCAACAGCAAUAAGUUCCAGUAUAGAUUCAUCAUUACUUAUGAGUGAUACAAUACAGACUUCACCAGAGAUGAGUUCAACAAUAGAGUCGCCAUCAGUGAAUAGAGAUACAAGACAGACUUCAUCAGAGAUGAGCACAACGAUCGAGUCAUCAUCAGUAAUGAGUGAUACAGUAAAAACUUCAAUAGCAAUGAAUUCAUCUUUAACGUCAUCAUCAGUGAUGAGUUAUACAAUACAAACUUUACCAUUGAUUAGUUCAACAAUGGAGUCAUCAUCAGCAAUGAGUGAAACAAAACAGACUCCAACAGCAAUGCAUUCCUCGAUAGAGUCAUCAUCAGUAAUAAGUGAUACAAUACAAACUUCAAUAGAAAUUGAUUCAUCUCUAACGUCAUUAUCCUUGUUGAGUGAUACAAUACAAACUUUACCAUUGAUGAGUUUAAAAAUAGAGUCAUCAUCAGUAAUGAGUGAAACAAUAAAAACUUCACCAUUAAUUGCUUCAUCUUUAACGUCAUCACCAGUGAUGAUUGGUAUACUUCAAACCUCACCAAUGAUGAGUUCCACUAUGGAGUCAACAUCAGUGAAGAGUGAUACAAAACAGUCCUCACCAGCAAUGAGUUCUACGAUAGAGUCAUCACCAGAAAUAAGUGAUACAAUGCAAUCUUCACGAGUAAUUGAUUCAUCUAUCAAGUCACCAUCAGUGAUGAAUGAUUCAAUACAGGCUUCAACAGCAAUCAGUUCCACCAUAGAUUCAUCAUUAGUAAUAAGUGAUACAUUACAAACUGCACCAGUAAUGUAUUCAUCGAAAACGUUCUCAUCACUUAUGAGUGAUACAAUACAAUUUUCAACAGCAUUGAGUUCAACAUUAGAGUCAUCACCAGUGAUAAGUGAUACAUUUCAAACUUCACCAGCAAUGGAUCCAUCGGUAUCGUCAUCAUUAAUUAUUAGUGAUACAAUACAGACUUUUCCAUUGGUGAGUUCAACGAUAGACUCCUCAUCUAUAAGCAGUGAUAUAAUUCAGACUCCACCAGUGUUAGGUUCAACGACAGAGUCUUUAUCUGUGAUGGAUUCAUCUAUAGUGUCAUCAUCAAUGAUGAGUGAUACAAUACAGUCUUCACCAGUGAAGGGUUUAACAUUAGAGUCAUCAUCAGUUAUGAGUGAUACAAUACAGACCACACAAGAGCUGAGUUCGCCGAUAAAGUCAUCAUCUUUGAUGAGUGAUACAAUACAGACUCCAAUAGCAAUGAGUUCCUCGAUACAGUCAUCAUUAGUGAUGAGUGAUGAAAUACAAAUUUCACCAUUAAUGGAUUCAUCUAUCAAGUCAUCAUUAGUGAUGAGUGAUACACUUCAAACUUCUCCAGUAACAGUAACGGAGUCAACAAUACAAACUUCGCCAGAGAUGAGUUCAGCGAUAGAGUCGUCAUUGGUGACAAAUAAUACAAGACAGACUUCUGUAUUGCUGGAUUCCACGAUGGAGUCAUCAUCAGUUAUGAGUUAUACAAUACAAACUUCAUCAUUAAUGGAUUCAUCAAUAAAGACAUUACCAGUGAUGACUGAUACAAUACAAGCUUCAACAGCAAUAAGUUCCAGUAUAGAUUCAUCAUUAAUUAUGAGUGAUACCAUACAGACUUUACCAGAGAUUAGAUCAACAAUAGAGUCGUCAUCAGUGAAUAGAGAUACAAAACAGACUUCAUCAGAGAUGAGUACAACGAUCGAGUCACCAUCAGUAAUGAGUGAUACAAUAAAAACUUCAAUAGCAAUGAAUUCAUCUCUAACGUCAUCAUCAGUGAUGAGUUAUACAAUACAAACUUCACCAUUGAUGAGUUCAACAAUGGAGUCAUCAUCAGUUAUGAGUGAUAGAAUACAGACUCUAACAGCAAUGGGUUCCUCGAUCGAGUCAUCAUCAGUAAUAAGUGAUACAAUACAAACUUCAAAAGCAAUUGAUUCAUCUCUAACGUCAUUAUUUGUGUUGAGUGAUACAAUACAAACUUCAACAUCAAUAAGUCCCACAGUAGAGUUAUCACCAGUUAUGAUUGAUACAAUACAAACUUCAUCAUUAAUGGAUUCAUCUAUCAAGUCAUCAUCAGUGAUGAGUGAUUCAAUACAGGCUUCAACAGCCCUCAGUUCCACCAUAGAUUCACCAUUAGUAAUAAGUGAUUCAUUACAAACUGCACCAGUUAUGUAUUCAUCGAAAACGUUCUCAUCACUUAUGAGUGAUACAAUACAAUCUUCAACAGCAUUGAGUUCAACAUUAGAGUCAUCACCAGUGAUAAGAGAUACAUUUCAAACUUCACCAGUAAUGGAUCCAUCGGUAUCGUCAUCAUUAAUUAUUAGUGAUACAAUACAGACUUUUCCAUUGGUGAGUUCAACGAUAGAAUCAUCAUCAGUUAAGACUUUACCAGUGUUAGUUUCAACGACAGUGUCUUUAUCAGUGAUGGAUUUAUCUAUAGCGUCAUCAUCAGUGAGUGAUACAAUACAAAAUUCUACAGCAAUUAGUUCCACGAUAGAGUCAUCAUCAGUUAGGACUUUACCAGUGUUAGUUUCAACGACAGUGUCUUUAUCAGUGAUGGAUUCAUCUAUAGCGUCAUCAUCAGUGAGUGAUACUAUACAAAAUUCUACAACAAUUAGUUCCACGUUAGAGUCAUCAUCAGUGAUGAGUGACACAAUACAGACGUCAUCAUUGAUGAAUGUAUUACUACUGACUACACCUGUUGCAUCAGAUAAAGAGAUAUUCUCUUCUUCAGUUAAAGAGAUAGUAUCUUCCCUAGUGGUUGUAUCAUCUACAAUGAAUUCGUUUUCGUCUGGGUUGCCUUCAACUUCCAUGAUGCAACCAACUUCAAGUGUAGUGGCUCCAGACAAUCGACUUUCAGUAACACUGAACGUGAAAGAAAGCGUGGAUAUCAAUAGUCAAGAAUUCAAAGACAAGAUCGAGAAAGGCCUUGAGGAGAGUUUUAUUGCUGCCAGCGGUUCACGGCGGAAAAGGUCGAUCAGAAAUAAAAGACAAGCAAAACAAGGCGUUGAUGUCGAGGUAACAGAUACUCAAAGAACUAAUGGAUCAUCAGUUGAUGUAAAAUUUGAAGUUCACAAAGAUGGCGCCGUUGUUCCAGCAACAGAAGCAGCAAAUACAUUCCAGAAGUUGUCUGAAGUUGAAUUGAGCGCUACAAUUGGAUAUCCUGUAGCACAACCAAUCGUUGCUUUGAAAUCAGCUAACACAAUACAAACUACACAAGUUAUGAAUGAUACAAUACAGACUACACCAGUUAUGAAUGAUAAAAUACACACUACAACAGUGAUGAACGAUUCAAUGAUGUCUUCACUAGUAACGAAUGAUACACUACAGACUACACCAGUGAUGAACGAUACAAUGAUGUCUUCACUAGUUACGAAUGGUACAAUACACACUACACCAGUUAUGAAUGAUACAAUACACACUACAACAGUGAUGAACAUUUCAAUGAUGUCUUCGCUAGUAACAAAUGGUACAAUACUGACUACACCAGUGAUAAACGAUACAAUACUGACUACACCAGUGAUGAUAGAUACAAUCAUGUCUUCACCAGUGAUGAACGAUACAAUACAGACUACACCAGUUAUGAAUGAUACAAUACAGACUACACCAGUAAUGAACGAUACAACACAGACUACGCCAGACAUGAACGGUACAAUACAGACUACACCAGUGAUGAACGAUACAAUGAUGUCUUCACCAGUGAUGAACGAUACAAUGAUGUCUUCACUAGUAACGAAUGAUACAAUACAGACUACACCAGUGAUGAACGAUACAAUGAUGUCUUCACCAGUGAUGAACGAUACAAUGAUGUCUUCACUAGUAACGAAUCAUACAAUACAGACACCACCAGUGAUGAACAAUACAAUGAUGUCUUCACCAGUGAUGAACGAUACAAUGAUGUCUUCACUAGUAACGAAUGAUACAAUACAAACUACACCAGUGAUGAACGAUACAAUGAUGUCUUCACUAGUAACGAAUGAUACAAUACAGACAACACCAGUGAUGAACGAUACAAUGAUGUCUUCACUAGUUACGAAUGCUACAAUACUGACUACACCAGUGAUAAAUGAUACAAUACAAACUACACCAGUGAUGAACGAUACAAUGCAGACUAUACCAGUGAUAAACGAUACAAUGAUGUCUUCAUUAGUAACGAAUGAUACAAUACAGACUACAGCAGUAAUGAACGAUACAAUGAUAUCUUCACUACUUACGAAUAAUGCAAUACAGAUCACACCAGUGAUGAACGAUACAAUGAUGUCUUCAUCAGUAACGAAUGAUACAAUACAGACUACACCAGUGAUGAACGAUACAAUGAUGUCUUCAUCAGUAACGAAUGAUACAAUACUGACUACACCAGUGAUGAACGAUACAAUGAUGUCUUCACUAGUUACGAAUAGUACAAUACUGACUACACCAGUGAUAAACGAUACAAUACUGACUACAUCAGUGAUGAACGAUACAAUGAUGUCUAUACAAGUGAUGAACGAUACAAUAAUGUCUUCAUUAGUAACGAAUGAUACAAUACAGACUACAGCAGUAAUGAACGAUACAAUGAUAUCUUCACUACUUACGAAUGAAACAAUACAGAUCACACCAGUGAUGAACGAUACAAUGAUGUAUUCACCAGUGAUGAAUGAUACAAUGGUGUCUUCAUCAUUAACGAAUGAUACAAUACAGACUUCACCAGUGAUGAACGAUACAAUGAUGUCUUCAUUAGUAACGAAUGAUACAAUACAGACUUCACCAGUGAUGAACGAUACAAUGAUGUCUUCAUUAGUAACGAAUGAUACAAUACUGACUACACCAGUGAUAAACGAUACAAUACUGACUACAUCUGUGAAGAACGAUACAAUACAGACUACAUCAAUGACGAAUGAUACAAUGCAGACUACACCAGUGAUAAACGAAACAAUGUUGUCUUCACUAGUGAUGAAUGAUAGAAUUCAGACCACACCAAUAAUGAAUGAAACCAAACAGACUACAUCAGUUAUGAACGAUACAUCACAGACUACACCAGUAAUGAACGAUACAAUACUGACUACAUCUGUGAAGAACGAUACAAUACAGACUACACCAGUAAUGAAUGAUACAAUACAUACUACACCAGUAAUGAACGAAACAACACAGACUACGCCAGAAUUGAACGAUACAAUACAAACUACACCAGUGAUGAACGAUACAAUGCAGACUAUACCAGUGAUAAACGAUACAAUGAUGUCUUCAUUAGUAACGAAUGAUACAAUACAGACUACAGCAGUAAUGAACGAUACAAUGAUAUCUUCACUACUUACGAAUAAUGCAAUACAGAUCACACCAGUGAUGAACGAUACAAUGAUGUAUUCACCAGUGAUGAAUGAUACAAUGAUGUCUUCAUCAGUAACGAAUGAUACAAUACAGACUACACCAGUGAUGAACGAUACAAUGAUGUCUUCACUAGUUACGAAUAGUACAAUACUGACUACACCAGUGAUAAACGAUACAAUACUGACUACAUCAGUGAUGAACGAUACAAUGAUGUCUAUACAAGUGAUGAACGAUACAAUAAUGUCUUCAUUAGUAACGAAUGAUACAAUACAGACUACAGCAGUAAUGAACGAUACAAUGAUAUCUUCACUACUUACGAAUGAAACAAUACAGAUCACACCAGUGAUGAACGAUACAAUGAUGUAUUCACCAGUGAUGAAUGAUACAAUGGUGUCUUCAUCAUUAACGAAUGAUACAAUACAGACUUCACCAGUGAUGAACGAUACAAUGAUGUCUUCAUUAGUAACGAAUGAUACAAUACAGACUUCACCAGUGAUGAACGAUACAAUGAUGUCUUCAUUAGUAACGAAUGAUACAAUACUGACUACACCAGUGAUAAACGAUACAAUACUGACUACAUCUGUGAAGAUCGAUACAAUACAGACUACAUCAAUGACGAAUGAUACAAUGCAGACUACACCAGUGAUAAACGAAACAAUGUUGUCUUCACUAGUGAUGAAUGAUAGAAUUCAGACCACACCAAUAAUGAAUGAAACCAAACAGACUACAUCAGUUAUGAACGAUACAUCACAGACUACACCAGUAAUGAACAAUACAAUACAGACUACACCAGUGAUGAAUGAUACAAUACAGACUACACCAGUAAUGAACGAUACAAUACUGACUACAUCUGUGAAGAACGAUACAAUACAGACUACACCAGUAAUGAAUGAUACAAUACAUACUACACCAGUAAUGAACGAUACAACACAGACUACGCCAGAAUUGAACGAUACAAUACAGACUACACCAGUGAUGAAUGAUACAAUGCAGACUACACCAGUGAUAAACGAAACAAUGCUGUCUUCACUAGUGAUGAAUGAUAGAAUUCAGACCACACCAAUAAUGAAUGAAACCAAACAGACUACAUCAGUUAUGAACGAUACAUCACAGACUACACCAGUAAUGAACGAUACAAUACUGACUACAUCUGUGAAGAACGAUACAAUACAGACUACACCAGUAAUGAAUGAUACAAUACAUACUACACCAGUAAUGAACGAUACAACACAGACUACGCCAGAAUUGAACAAUACAAUACAGACUACACCAGUGAUGAAUGAUACAAUGCAGACUACACCAGUGAUAAACGAAACAAUGCUGUCUUCACUAGUGAUGAAUGAUACAAUACAGACUACACCAGUGAUAAACGACACAAUGCUGUCGUCACUAGUGAUGAAUGAUACAAUACAGACUACAUCUGUGAAGAUCGAUACAAUACAGACUACAUCAAUGACGAAUGAUACAAUGCAGACUACACCAGUGAUAAACGAAACAAUGUUGUCUUCACUAGUGAUGAAUGAUAGAAUUCAGACCACACCAAUAAUGAAUGAAACCAAACAGACUACAUCAGUUAUGAACGAUACAUCACAGACUACACCAGUAAUGAACAAUACAAUACAGACUACACCAGUGAUGAAUGAUACAAUACAGACUACACCAGUAAUGAACGAUACAAUACUGACUACAUCUGUGAAGAACGAUACAAUACAGACUACACCAGUAAUGAAUGAUACAAUACAUACUACACCAGUAAUGAACGAUACAACACAGACUACGCCAGAAUUGAACGAUACAAUACAGACUACACCAGUGAUGAAUGAUACAAUGCAGACUACACCAGUGAUAAACGAAACAAUGCUGUCUUCACUAGUGAUGAAUGAUAGAAUUCAGACCACACCAAUAAUGAAUGAAACCAAACAGACUACAUCAGUUAUGAACGAUACAUCACAGACUACACCAGUAAUGAACGAUACAAUACUGACUACAUCUGUGAAGAACGAUACAAUACAGACUACACCAGUAAUGAAUGAUACAAUACAUACUACACCAGUAAUGAACGAUACAACACAGACUACGCCAGAAUUGAACAAUACAAUACAGACUACACCAGUGAUGAAUGAUACAAUGCAGACUACACCAGUGAUAAACGAAACAAUGCUGUCUUCACUAGUGAUGAAUGAUACAAUACAGACUACACCAGUGAUAAACGACACAAUGCUGUCGUCACUAGUGAUGAAUGAUACAAUACAGACUACACCAGUGAUAAACGACACAAUGCUGUCGUCACUAGUGAUGAAUGAUACAAUACAGACUACACCAGUAAUGACUGAUACAAUACAUACUACACCAGUAAUGAACGAUACAGCACAGACUAUGCCAGAAAUGAACGAUACAAUACAGACUACACCAGUGAUGAAUGAUACAAUGCCGACUACACCAGUGAUAAACGAAACAAUGCUGUCUUCACUUGUAAUGAAUGAUAGAAUUCAGACUACACCAAUAAUGAAUGAAACCAAACAGACUACAUCAGUUAUGAACGAUACAUCACAGACUACACCAGUAAUGAACGAUACAAUACAGACUACAUCUGUGAAGAACGAUACAAUACAGACUACACCAGUAAUAAACGAAACAAUGCUGUCUGCACUAGUGAUGAAUGAUACAAUACUGACUACAUCUGUGAAGAACGAUACAACACAGACUACACCAGUAAUGAACGAUACAAUACUGACUACAUCUGUGAAGAACGAUACAAUACAGACUACACCAGUAAUAAACGAAACAAUGCUGUCUGCACUAGUGAUGAAUGAUACAAUACAGACUACACCAGGGAUGAAUGAUACAAUGCAGACUACACCAGUGAUAAACGAAACAAUGCAGUCUUCACUAGUGAUAAAUGAUACGAUACAUACUACACCAGUGAUGAAUGAUACAAUGCAGACUACACCAGUGAUGAAUGAUACAAUUCAGACUACACCAGUAAUAAACGAAACAAUGCUGUCUGCACUAGUGAUGAAUGAUACAAUACAGACUAUACCAGGGAUGAAUGAUACAAUGCAGACUACACCAGUGAUAAACGAAAAAAUGCAGUCUUCACUAGUGAUGAAUGAUAGAAUUCAGACUACACCAAUAAUGAAUGAAACCAAACAGACUACACCCUUAAUGAACGAUACAAUACAGACUACACCAAUGAUGAAUGAUACAAUACAGACUACACCAGUGAUGAAUGAUACAAUACACACUACACCAGUGAUGAACAAUACAAUGAUGUCUUCAUUAGUAACGAAUGAUACAAAACAAACUACACAAGUCAUGAACGAUACAUUGAUGUCUUCACUAGUAACGAAUGAUACAAUACAGACUACACCAAUGAUGAACGAUAGAAUGAUGUCUUCAUUAGUAACGAAUGAUACAAUACAGACUACACCAGUGAUAAACGAUACAAUACUGACUACAUCAGUGAUGAACGAUACAAUGAUGUCUUCACCAGUGAUGAACGAUACAGUAAUGUCUUCAUUAGUAACAAAUGAUACAAUACAGACUACAGCAGUGAUGAACGAUACAAUGAUAUCUUCACUACUUACGAAUGAUACAAUACAGACUACACCACUGAUGAACGAAACAAUGAUGUCUUCACCAGUGAUGAACGAUACAAUAAUAUCUUCACUACUUACGAAUGAUACAAUACAGAUCACACCAGUGAUGAACGAUACAAUGAUGUCUUUAUUAGUAACGAAUGAUACAAUACAGACUACACCAGUGAUAAACGAUACAAUACUGACUACAUCUGUGAAAAACGAUACAAUACUGACUACACCAGUGAUGAAUGAUACAAUGCUGUCUGCACUAGUGAUGAACCAAACAAUGCUGUCUUCAUUAGUAACGAAUGAUACAAUACAGACUACAGCAGUAAUGAACGAUACAAUGAUAUCUUCACUACUUACGAAUAAUACAAUACAGAUCACACCAGUGAUGAACGAUACAAUGAUGUAUUCACCAGUGAUGAAUGAUACAAUGAUGUCUUCAUCAGUAACGAAUGAUACAAUACAGACUACACCAGUGAUGAACCAUACAAUGAUGUCUUCACUAGUUACGAAUAGUACAAUAUUGACUACACCAGUGAUAAACGAUACAAUACUGACUACAUCAGUGAUGAACGAUACAAUGAUGUCUACACAAGUGAUGAACGAUACAAUAAUGUCUUCAUUAGUAACGAAUGAUACAAUACAGACUACAGCAGUAAUGAACGAUACAAUUAUAUCUUCACUACUUACGAAUGAUACAAUACAGACAACACCAGUGAUGAACGAUACAAUGAUGUCUUCACUAGUUACGAAUAGUACAAUACUGACUACACCAGUAACGAAUGAUACAAUACAGACUACACCAGUGAUGAACGAUACAAUGAUGUCUUCAUCAGUAACGAAUGAUACAAUACAGACUACAGCAGUGAUAAACGAAACAAUGAUGUCUUCACUACUUACGAAUGAUACAAUACAGAUCACACCAGUGAUGAACUAUACAAUGAUGUCUUCACUAGUGAUGAACGAUACAAUACAGACUACACCAGUGAUGAACGAUACAAUACAGACUACACUACUGAUGAAUGAUACAAUACUGACUACACCAGUGAUGAACGAUACAAUGAUGUCUUCACUAGUAACAAAUGAUACAAUACAGACUACACCAGUGAUGAACGAUACAAUAACGUCUUCACUAGUUACGAAUGGUACUAUACUGACUACACCAGUGAUAAACGAUACAAUACUGACUACAUCUGUGAAAAACGAUACAAUACUGACUACACCAGUGAUGAAUGAUACAAUGAUGUCUUCACCAGUGAUGAACGAUACAAUGACGUCUUCACUAGUGAUGAAUGAUACAAUACAGACUACACCAGUAAUGAAUGAUACAAUACAUACUACACCAGUAAUGAACGAUACAACACAGACUACGCUAGAAAUGAACGAUACAAUACAGACUACACCAGUGAUCAAUGAUACAAUGCAGACUACACCAGUGAUAAACGAAACAAUGCUGUCUUCACUAGUGAUGAAUGAUAGAAUUCAGACUACACCAAUUAUGAAUGAAACCAAACAGACUACAUCAGUUAUGAACGAUACAUCACAGACUACACCUGUAAUGAACGAUACAAUACUGACUACAUCUGUGAAGAACGAUACAAUACAGACUACACCAGUGAUGAAUGAUACAAUACAGACUACACCAGUGAUAAACGAAACAAUGCUGUCUGCACUAGUGAUGAAUGAUUCAAUACAGACUACACCAGGGAUGAAUGAUACAAUGCAGACUACACCAGUGAUAAACGAAACAAUGCAGUCUUCACUAGUGAUGAAUGAUAGAAUUCAGACUACACCAAUAAUGAAUGAAACCAAACAGACUACAUCAGUAAGGAACGAUACAACACAGACUACACCAGUAAUGAACAAUACAAUACAGACUACACCAGUGAUGAAUGAUACAAUGCAGACUACACCAGUAAUGAAUGAUACAAUAAAGACUACAGCAGUAAUGAACAAUACAAUACAGACUACACCAGUGAUGAACGAUACAAUACAGACUACACUAGUAAUGAAUGAUACAAUAAAGACUACAGCAGUAAUGAACAAUACAAUACAGACUACACCAGUGAAGAACGUAACAAUACAGACUACACCAGUGAUAAACGAAACAAUGCAGUCUUUACUAGUGAUGAAUGAUACAAUACAGACAACACCAGGAAUGAACGAUGCAAUACAGACUUUAUCUGUAACAAAUGAUACUAUACAGAUUAAACUUGUUGCAUCAGUUAAAGAGAUAUUAUCUUCACCAGUUAAAGAGAUAGUAUCUUCCCCAGUUAAAGAGAUCUUAUCUUCACAAGUUAAAGAGAUAGUAUCUUCCCUAGUGGUUGUAUCAUCUACAAUGAAUUCAUUUUCCUCCGUUUUGCUUUCAACUUCCACUAUGCAACCAACUUCAAGCGUAUUGGCUUCAGAAAAUCAACUUUCAGUAACACUGAACGUGGAAGAAAGUGUGGAUAUCAAUAGUCACGACUUCAAAGACAAAAUCGAGAAAGGCCUUGAGGAGAGUUUUCUUGCAGCCAGCGGUUCACGGCGGAAAAGGUCGAUCAGAAAUAAAAGACAAGCGAACCAAGGCGUUGAUGUCAAGGUAACAGACACUCAAAGAACAAAUGGUUCAUCAGUUGAUGUAAAAUUUGAGGUUCACAAAGAUGGCGACGUUCUUCCAGCAACAGACGCCGUAAAUACAUUCAAGAAAUUGUCUGAUGUUGAAUUGAGCGCUACAAUUGGAUAUCCUGUAGCACAACCAAUCGUUGCUUUGAAAUCAGUUAACACAAUUCAGACUACACAAGUAAUGAAUGAUACAAUACAGACUACACCAGUAAUGAAUGAUACAUUACACACUACACCAGUUAUGAAUGAUACAAUACAGACUACAGCAGUGAUGAACGAUACAAUGGUGUCUUCACUAGUAACGAAUGACACACUACAGACUACACCAGUGAUGAACGAUACAAUGACGUCUUCACUAAAUACAAAUGGUACAAUACUGACUACACCAGUGAUAAACGAUACAAUACUGACUACACAAGUGAUGAACGAUACAAUGAUGUCUUCAUCAGUAACGAAUGAUACCAUAAAGACUACAGCAGUGAUGAACGAUACAAUGAUGCCUUCACUAGUGAUGAAUGAUACAAUACAGACUACACCAGUGAUGAACGAUACAAUGAUGUCUUCACUAGUAACGAGUGAUAAAAUACAGAUCACACCAGUGAUGAACGAUACAAUUAUGUUUUCACCAGUGAUGAACGAUACAAUGAUGUAUUCAUUAGAAACAAAUGAUACAAUACAGACUACACCAGUGAUGAACGAUACAAUGAUGUCUUCACUAGUAACGAGUGAUAAAAUACAGAUCACACCAGUGAUAAACGAUACAAUGAUGUCUUCAUUAGAAACGAAUGAUACAAUACAUACUACACCAGUGAUGAACGAUACAAUGAUGUUUUCACCAGUGAUGAACGAUACAAUGAUUUCUUCAUUAGUAACGAAUGAUACAAUACAGACUACACCAGGGAUGAACGAUACAAUGAUGUCUUCACUAGUUACGAAUUAUACAAUACUGACUACACCAGUGAUGAACGAUACAAUGAUGUCUUCACUAGUUACGAAUGGUACAAUACUGACUACACCAGUGGUAAACGAUACAAUAAUGACUUCAUCUGUAAAGAAUGAUACAAUACUGACUACACCAGUGAUGAACUUUACAAUGAUGUCUUCACCAGUAAUGAACGAUACAAUGAUGUCUUCAUUAGUAACGAAUGAUACAAUACACACUACACCACUGAUGAACAAUACAAUACUACCUUCACUAGUAUCGAAUGAUACAAUACACACUACACCAGUGAUGAACGAUACAAUGAUUUCUUCAUUAGUGACUAAUAAUACAAUACAGACUACACAAGUGAUGAACGAUACAAUGAUGUCUUCACUAGUUACGAAGGAUACAAUACAGAUCACACCAGUGAUGAACGAUACAAUGAUGUCUUCACUAGUUACGAUUGAUACAAUACAGAUCACACCAGUGAUGAACGAUACAAUGAUGUCUUCACUAGUUACGAAUGAUACAAUACAGAUCACACCAGUGAUGAACGAUACAAUGAUGUCUUCACUAGUUACGAAUGAUACAAUACGAACAACACCAGUGAUGAACGAUACAAUACUGACUACAUCUGUGAAGAACGAUACAAUACUGACUACACCAGGUAUGAAUGAUACAAUACAGACUACACCAGUGAUGAACGAUACAAUGAUGUCUUCACUAGUUACGAAUGAUACAAUACAAACAACACCAGUGAUGAACGAUACAAUACAGACUACACCAGUGAUGAACGGUACAAUGAUGUCUCCAUUAGUAACGAAAGAUACAAUACAGACUACAUCUGUGAUGAACGAUACAAUACAGACUACACCAGUGAUGAACGAUACAAUGAUGUCUUCAUUAGUAACGAAAGAUACAAUACAGACUACACCAGUGAUGAACGGUACAAUGAUGUCUUCAUUAGUAACGAAAGAUACAAUACAGACUACAUCUGUGAAGAACGAUACAAUACUGACUACACCAGUGAUGAACGGUACAAUGAUGUCUUCAUUAGUAACGAAAAAUACAAUACAGACUACAGCAGUGAUGAACGAUACAAUGAUGUCUUCACUAGUUACGAAUGAUAUAAUACAGACUACAACAGUGAUGAACGAUACAAUGAUGUCUUCACUAUAUACGAAUGAUACAAUACAGACUACACCAGUAAAGAACGAUAGAAUGAUUUCUUCACCAGUGAUGAAUGAUACAAUGAUGUCUUCAUUAGUAACGAAUGGUACAAUACACACUACACCAGUGAUAAACGAUACAAUGAUGUCUUCAAUAGUAACGAAUGAUACAAUACUGACUACACCAGUGAUAAACGAUACAAUACUGAAUACAUCAGUGAUGAACGAUGCAAUGAUUUCUUCACCAGUGAUGAAUGAUGCAAUGAUGUCUCCAGUAGUAACGAAUGGUACAAUACAGACUACACCAGUGAUAAACGGUACAAUGAUGUCUUCAUUAGUAACGAAAGAUACAAUACAGACUACACCAGUGAUGAACGAUACAAUGAUGUCUUCAUUAUAUACGAAUGAUACAAUACAGACUACACCAGUGAUGAACGAUAGAAUGUUGUCUUCUCCCGUGAUGAACGAUACAAUAAUGCCUUCACUAGUUACGAAUGAUACAAUACAGACCCUACCAGUGAUGAAUGGCACAAUGAUGUCUUCACUAGUUACGAAUGAUACAAUACAAAAAACACCAGUGAUGAACGAUACAAUACUGACUACACCAGUGAUGAACGGUACAAUGAUGUCUUCAUUAGUAACGAAAGAUACAAUACAGACUACACCAGUGAUGAAUGGCACAAUGAUGUCUUCACUAGUUACGAAUGAUACAAUACAAACAACACCAGUGAUGAACGAUACAAUGGUGUCUUCACUAGUAACGAAUGACACACUACAGACUACACCAGUGAUGAACGAUACAAUGACGUCUUCACUAAAUACAAAUGGUACAAUACUGACUACACCAGUGAUAAACGAUACAAUACUGACUACACCAGUGAUGAACGAUACAAUGAUGUCUUCAUCAGUAUCGAAUGAUACCAUAAAGACUACAGCAGUGAUGAACGAUACAAUGAUGCCAUCACUAGUGAUGAAUGAUACAAUACAGACUACACCAGUGAUGAACGAUACAAUGAUGUCUUCACUAGUAACGAGUGAUAAAAUACAGAUCACACCAGUUAUGAACGAUACAAUUAUGUUUUCACCAGUGAUGAACGAUACAAUGAUGUAUUCAUUAGAAACAAAUGAUACAAUACAGACUACACCAGUGAUGAACGAUACAAUGAUGUCUUCACUAGUAACGAGUGAUAAAAUACAGAUCACACCAGUGAUAAACGAUACAAUGAUGUCUUCAUUAGAAACGAAUGAUACAAUACAUACUACACCAGUGAUGAACGAUACAAUGAUGUUUUCACCAGUGAUGAACGAUACAAUGAUUUCUUCAUUAGUAACGAAUGAUACAAUACAGACUACACCAGGGAUGAACGAUACAAUGAUGUCUUCACUAGUUACGAAUUAUACAAUACUGACUACACCAGUGAUGAACGAUACAAUGAUGUCUUCACUAGUUACGAAUGGUACAAUACUGACUACACCAGUGGUAAACGAUACAAUAAUGACUUCAUCUGUAAAGAAUGAUACAAUACUGACUACACCAGUGAUGAACUUUACAAUGAUGUCUUCACCAGUGAUGAACGAUACAAUGAUGUCUUCAUUAGUAACGAAUGAUACAAUACACACUACACCACUGAUGAACAAUACAAUACUACCUUCACUAGUAACGAAUGAUACAAUACACACUACACCAGUGAUGAACGAUACAAUGAUUUCUUCAUUAGUGACUAAUGAUACAAUACAGACUACACAAGUGAUGAAUGAUACAAUGAUGUCUUCACUAGUUACGAAUGAUACAAUACACACUACACCACUGAUGAACAGUACAAUACUACCUUCACUAGUAACGAAUGAUACAAUACACACUACACCAGUGAUGAACGAUACAAUGAUUUCUUCAUUAGUGACUAAUGAUACAAUACAGACUACACAAGUGAUGAACGAUACAAUGAUGUCUUCACUAGUUACGAAGGAUACAAUACAGAUCACACCAGUGAUGAACGAUACAAUGAUGUCUUCACUAGUUACGAAUGAUACAAUACAGAUCACACCAGUGAUGAACGAUACAAUGAUGUCUUCACUAGUUACGAAUGAUACAAUACAGAUCACACCACUGAUGAACGAUACAAUGAUGUCUUCACUAGUUACGAAUGAUACAAUACGAACAACACCAGUGAUGAACGAUACAAUACUGACUACAUCUGUGAAGAACGAUACAAUACUGACUACACCAGGUAUGAAUGAUACAAUACAGACUACACCAGUGAUGAACGAUACAAUGAUGUCUUCACUAGUUACGAAUGAUACAAUACAAACAACACCAGUGAUGAACGAUACAAUACAGACUACACCAGUGAUGAACGGUACAAUGAUGUCUCCAUUAGUAACGAAAGAUACAAUACAGACUACAUCUGUGAUGAACGAUACAAUACAGACUACACCAGUGAUGAACGGUACAAUGAUGUCUUCAUUAGUAACGAAAGAUACAAUACAGACUACAUCUGUGAAGAACGAUACAAUACUGACUACACCAGUGAUGAACGGUACAAUGAUGUCUUCAUUAGUAACGAAAGAUACAAUACAGACUACAUCUGUGAAGAACGAUACAAUACAGACUACACCAGUGAUGAACGGUACAAUGAUGUCUCCAUUAGUAACGAAAGAUACAAUACAGACUACAUCUGUGAUGAACGAUACAAUACAGACUACACCAGUGAUGAACGGUACAAUGAUGUCUUCAUUAGUAACGAAAGAUACAAUACAGACUACAUCUGUGAAGAACGAUACAAUACUGACUACACCAGUGAUGAACGGUACAAUGAUGUCUUCAUUAGUAACGAAAGAUACAAUACAGACUACAGCAGUGAUGAACGAUACAAUGAUGUCUUCACUAGUUACGAAUGAUAUAAUACAGACUACAACAGUGAUGAACGAUACAAUGAUGUCUUCACUAUAUACGAAUGAUACAAUACAGACUACACCAGUGAAGAACGAUAGAAUGAUUUCUUCACCAGUGAUGAAUGAUACAAUGAUGUCUUCAUUAGUAACGAAUGGUACAAUACACACUACACCAGUGAUAAACGAUACAAUGAUGUCUUCAAUAGUAACGAAUGAUACAAUACUGACUACACCAGUGAUAAACGAUACAAUACUGACUACAUCAGUGAUGAACGAUGCAAUGAUUUCUUCACCAGUGAUGAAUGAUGCAAUGAUGUCUUCAUUAGUAACGAAUGGUACAAUACAGACUACACCAGUGAUAAACGGUACAAUGAUGUCUUCAUUAUAUACGAAUGAUACAAUACAGACUACACCAGUGAUGAACGAUAGAAUGUUGUCUUCUCCAGUGAUGAACGAUACAAUAAUGCCUUCACUAGUUACGAAUGAUACAAUACAGACCCUACCAGUGAUGAAUGGCACAAUGAUGUCUUCACUAGUUACAAAUGAUACAAUACAAACAACACAAGUGAUGAACGAUACAAUACUGACUACACCAGUGAUGAACGGUACAAUGAUGUCUUCAUUAGUAACGAAAGAUACAAUACAGACUACACCAGUGAUGAAUGGCACAAUGAUGUCUUCACUAGUUACGAAUGAUACAAUACAAACAACACCAGUGAUGAACGAUACAAUACUGACUACACCAGUGAUGAACGGUACAAUGAUGUCUUCAUUAGUAACGAAUGAUACAAUACAGACUACACCACUGAUGAAUGAUACAAUGAUGUCAUCACUAGUUACGAAUGAUACAAUACAGACUACACCAGUGAUGAAUGAUACAAUGAUGUCUUCACUAGUUACGAAUGAUACAAUACAGACUACACCAGUGAUGAAUGGCACAAUGAUGUCUUCACUAGUUACGAAUGAUACAAUACAAACAACACCAGUGAUGAACGAUACAACACUGACUACAACAGUGAUGAACGGUACAAUGAUGUCUUCAUCAGUAACGAAUGAUACAAUACAGACUACACCACUGAUGAAUGAUACAAUGAUGUCUUCAUUAGUAACGAAUGAUACAAUACAGACUACACCACUGAUGAACGAUACAAUGAUGUCUUCACCAGUGAUGAACGAUACAAUGAUGUCUUCAUUAGUAACGAAUGAUAUAAUACAGACUACAUCAGUGAUGAACGAUACAAUGAUGUCUUCACUAGUAACGAAUGAUACAAUACAGACUACACCAGUGCUGAACGAUACAAUGAUGCCUUCAUUAGUAACGAAUGAUACAAUACAGACUACACCAGUGAUGAACGAUACAAUGAUGCCUUCAUUAGUAACGAAUGGUACAAUACAGACUACACCAGUGAUGAACGAUACAAUGAUGCCUUCAUUAGUAACGAAUGGUACAAUACAGACUACACCAGUGAUGAACGAUACAAUGAUGUCUUCACUAGUUACGAAUGGUACUAUACUGACUACACCAUAUAUAAACGAUACAAUACUGACUACAUCUGUGAAGAACGAUACAAUACUGACUACACCAGUGAUGAACGAUACAAUGAUGUCUCCAUCAGUAACGAAUGAUACCAUAAAGACUACAGCAGUGAUGAACGAUACAAUGAUGCCAUCACUAGUGAUGAAUGAUACAAUACAGACUACACCAGUGAUGAACGAUACAAUGAUGUCUUCACUAGUAACGAGUGAUAAAAUACAGAUCACACCAGUUAUGAACGAUACAAUUAUGUUUUCACCAGUGAUGAACGAUACAAUGAUGUAUUCAUUAGAAACAAAUGAUACAAUACAGACUACACCAGUGAUGAACGAUACAAUGAUGUCUUCACUAGUAACGAGUGAUAAAAUACAGAUCACACCAGUGAUAAACGAUACAAUGAUGUCUUCAUUAGAAACGAAUGAUACAAUACAUACUACACCAGUGAUGAACGAUACAAUGAUGUUUUCACCAGUGAUGAACGAUACAAUGAUUUCUUCAUUAGUAACGAAUGAUACAAUACAGACUACACCAGGGAUGAACGAUACAAUGAUGUCUUCACUAGUUACGAAUUAUACAAUACUGACUACACCAGUGAUGAACGAUACAAUGAUGUCUUCACUAGUUACGAAUGGUACAAUACUGACUACACCAGUGGUAAACGAUACAAUAAUGACUUCAUCUGUAAAGAAUGAUACAAUACUGACUACACCAGUGAUGAACUUUACAAUGAUGUCUUCACCAGUGAUGAACGAUACAAUGAUGUCUUCAUUAGUAACGAAUGAUACAAUACACACUACACCACUGAUGAACAAUACAAUACUACCUUCACUAGUAACGAAUGAUACAAUACACACUACACCAGUGAUGAACGAUACAAUGAUUUCUUCAUUAGUGACUAAUGAUACAAUACAGACUACACAAGUGAUGAACGAUACAAUGAUGUCUUCACUAGUUACGAAUGAUACAAUACACACUACACCACUGAUGAACAAUACAAUACUACCUUCACUAGUAACGAAUGAUACAAUACACACUACACCAGUGAUGAACGAUACAAUGAUUUCUUCAUUAGUGACUAAUGAUACAAUACAGACUACACAAGUGAUGAACGAUACAAUGAUGUCUUCACUAGUUACGAAGGAUACAAUACAGAUCACACCAGUGAUGAACGAUACAAUGAUGUCUUCACUAGUUACGAAUGAUACAAUACAGAUCACACCAGUGAUGAACGAUACAAUGAUGUCUUCACUAGUUACGAAUGAUACAAUACAGAUCACACCAGUGAUGAACGAUACAAUGAUGUCUUCACUAGUUACGAAUGAUACAAUACGAACAACACCAGUGAUGAACGAUACAAUACUGACUACAUCUGUGAAGAACGAUACAAUACUGACUACACCAGGUAUGAAUGAUACAAUACAGACUACACCAGUGAUGAACGAUACAAUGAUGUCUUCACUAGUUACGAAUGAUACAAUACAAACAACACCAGUGAUGAACGAUACAAUACAGACUACACCAGUGAUGAACGGUACAAUGAUGUCUCCAUUAGUAACGAAAGAUACAAUACAGACUACAUCUGUGAUGAACGAUACAAUACAGACUACACCAGUGAUGAACAAUAUAAUGAUGUCUUCAUUAGUAACGAAAGAUACAAUACAGACUACAGCAGUGAUGAACGGUACAAUGAUGUCUUCAUUAGUAACGAAAGAUACAAUACAGACUACAUCUGUGAAGAACGAUACAAUACUGACUACACCAGUGAUGAACGGUACAAUGAUGUCUUCAUUAGUAACGAAAGAUACAAUACAGACUACAGCAGUGAUGAACGAUACAAUGAUGUCUUCACUAGUUACGAAUGAUAUAAUACAGACUACAACAGUGAUGAACGAUACAAUGAUGUCUUCACUAUAUACGAAUGAUACAAUACAGACUACACCAGUGAAGAACGAUAGAAUGAUUUCUUCACCAGUGAUGAAUGAUACAAUGAUGUCUUCAAUAGUAACGAAUGAUACAAUACUGACUACAUCAGUGAUGAACGAUGCAAUGAUUUCUUCACCAGUGAUGAAUGAUGCAAUGAUGUCUUCAUUAGUAACGAAUGGUACAAUACAGACUACACCAGUGAUAAACGGUACAAUGAUGUCUUCAUUAGUAAUGAAAGAUACAAUACAGACUACACCAGUUAUGAACGAUACAAUGAUGUCUUCAUUAUAUACGAAUGAUUCAAUACAGACUACACCAGUGAUGAACGAUAGAAUGUUGUCUUCUCCAGUGAUGAACGAUACAAUAAUGCCUUCACUAGUUACGAAUGAUACAAUACAGACCCUACCAGUGAUGAAUGGCACAAUGAUGUCUUCACUAGUUACGAAUGAUACAAUACAAACAACACAAGUGAUGAACGAUACAAUACUGACUACACCAGUGAUGAACGGUACAAUGAUGUCUUCAUUAGUAACGAAAGAUACAAUACAGACUACACCAGUGAUGAAUGGCACAAUGAUGUCUUCACUAGUUACGAAUGAUACAAUACAAACAACACCAGUGAUGAACGAUACAAUACUGACUACACCAGUGAUGAACGGUACAAUGAUGUCUUCAUUAGUAACGAAUGAUACAAUACAGACUACACCACUGAUGAAUGAUACAAUGAUGUCAUCACUAGUUACGAAUGAUACAAUACAGACUACACCAGUGAUGAAUGAUACAAUGAUGUCUUCACUAGUUACGAAUGAUACAAUACAGACUACACCAGUGAUGAAUGGCACAAUGAUGUCUUCACUAGUUACGAAUGAUACAAUACAAACAACACCAGUGAUGAACGAUACAAUACUGACUACAACAGUGAUGAACGGUACAAUGAUGUCUUCAUUAGUAACGAAUGAUACAAUACAGACUACACCACUGAUGAAUGAUACAAUGAUGUCUUCAUUAGUAACGAAUGAUACAAUACAGACUACACCACUGAUGAACGAUACAAUGAUGUCUUCACCAGUGAUGAACGAUACAAUGAUGUCUUCAUUAGUAACGAAUGAUAUAAUACAGACUACAUCAGUGAUGAACGAUACAAUGAUGUCUUCACUAGUAACGAAUGAUACAAUACAGACUACACCAGUGCUGAACGAUACAAUGAUGCCUUCAUUAGUAACGAAUGAUACAAUACAGACUACACCAGUGAUGAACGAUACAAUGAUGCCUUCAUUAGUAACGAAUGGUACAAUACAGACUACACCAGUGAUGAACGAUACAAUGAUGCCUUCAUUAGUAACGAAUGGUACAAUACAGACUACACCAGUGAUGAACGAUACAAUGAUGUCUUCACUAGUUACGAAUGGUACUAUACUGACUACACCAUAUAUAAACGAUACAAUACUGACUACAUCUGUGAAGAACGAUACAAUACUGACUACACCAGGUAUGAAUGAUACAAUACAGACUACACCAGUGAUGAACGAUACAAUGAUGUCUUCACUAGUUACGAAUGAUACAAUACAAACAACACCAGUGAUGAACGAUACAAUACAGACUACACCAGUGAUGAACGGUACAAUGAUGUCUCCAUUAGUAACGAAAGAUACAAUACAGACUACAUCUGUGAUGAACGAUACAAUACAGACUACACCAGUGAUGAACAAUAUAAUGAUGUCUUCAUUAGUAACGAAAGAUACAAUACAGACUACAGCAGUGAUGAACGAUACAAUGAUGUCUUCACUAGUUACGAAUGAUAUAAUACAGACUACAACAGUGAUGAACGAUACAAUGAUGUCUUCACUAUAUACGAAUGAUACAAUACAGACUACACCAGUGAAGAACGAUAGAAUGAUUUCUUCACCAGUGAUGAAUGAUACAAUGAUGUCUUCAUUAGUAACGAAUGGUACAAUACACACUACACCAGUGAUAAACGAUACAAUGAUGUCUUCAAUAGUAACGAAUGAUACAAUACUGACUACACCAGUGAUAAACGAUACAAUACUGACUUCAUCAGUGAUGAACGAUGCAAUGAUUUCUUCACCAGUGAUGAAUGAUGCAAUGAUGUCUUCAUUAGUAACGAAUGGUACAAUACAGACUACACCAGUGAUAAACGGUACAAUGAUGUCUUCAUUAGUAAUGAAAGAUACAAUACAGACUACACCAGUUAUGAACGAUACAAUGAUGUCUUCAUUAUAUACGAAUGAUUCAAUACAGACUACACCAGUGAUGAACGAUAUAAUGUUGUCUUCUCCAGUGAUGAACGAUACAAUAAUGCCUUCACUAGUUACGAAUGAUACAAUACAGACCCUACCAGUGAUGAAUGGCACAAUGAUGUCUUCACUAGUUACGAAUGAUACAAUACAAACAACACAAGUGAUGAACGAUACAAUACUGACUACACCAGUGAUGAACGGUACAAUGAUGUCUUCAUUAGUAACGAAAGAUACAAUACAGACUACACCAGUGAUGAAUGGCACAAUGAUGUCUUCACUAGUUACGAAUGAUACAAUACAAACAACACCAGUGAUGAACGAUACAAUACUGACUACACCAGUGAUGAACGGUACAAUGAUGUCUUCAUUAGUAACGAAUGAUACAAUACAGACUACACCACUGAUGAAUGAUACAAUGAUGUCAUCACUAGUUUCGAAUGAUACAAUACAGACUACACCAGUGAUGAAUGAUACAAUGAUGUCUUCACUAGUUACGAAUGAUACAAUACAGACUACACCAGUGAUGAAUGGCACAAUGAUGUCUUCACUAGUUACGAAUGAUACAAUACAAACAACACCAGUGAUGAACGAUACAAUACUGACUACAACAGUGAUGAACGGUACAAUGAUGUCUUCAUUAGUAACGAAUGAUACAAUACAGACUACACCACUGAUGAAUGAUACAAUGAUGUCUUCAUUAGUAACGAAUGAUACAAUACAGACUACACCACUGAUGAACGAUACAAUGAUGUCUUCACCAGUGAUGAACGAUACAAUGAUGUCUUCAUUAGUAACGAAUGAUAUAAUACAGACUACAUCAGUGAUGAACGAUACAAUGAUGUCGUCACUAGUAACGAAUGAUACAAUACAGACUACACCAGUGCUGAACGAUACAAUGAUGCCUUCAUUAGUAACGAAUGAUACAAUACAGACUACACCAGUGAUGAACGAUACAAUGAUGCCUUCAUUAGUAACGAAUGGUACAAUACAGACUACACCAGUGAUGAACGAUACAAUGAUGCCUUCAUUAGUAACGAAUGGUACAAUACAGACUACACCAGUGAUGAACGAUACAAUGAUGUCUUCACUAGUUACGAAUGGUACUAUACUGACUACACCAUAUAUAAACGAUACAAUACUGACUACAUCUGUGAAGAACGAUACAAUACUGACUACACCAGUGAUGAACGAUACAAUGAUGCCUUCAUUAGUAACGAAUGAUACAAUACAGACGACAUCAGUGAUGAACGAUACAAUGAUGCCUUCAUUAGUAACGAAUGAUACAAUACAGACUUCACCACUGAUGAAUGAUACAAUGAUGUCUUCACUAGUUACGAAUGAUACAAUACUGACUACACCAGUGAUGAACGAUACAAUGAUGCCUUCAUUAAUAACGAAUGAUACAAUACAGACUACACCAGUGAUGAACAAUACAAUGAUGCCUUCAUUAGAAACGAAUGAUACAAUACAGACUACACCACUGAUGAACGAUACAAUGAUGCCUUCAUUAGUAACGAAUGAUACAAUACAGACUACACCAGUGAUGAACGAUAGAAUGUUGUCUUCUCCAGUGAUGAACGAUACAAUACUGCCUUCACUAGUUACGAAUGAUACAAUACAGACCCUACCAGUGAUGAAUGGUACAAUGAUGUCUGCACUAGUUACGAAUAUCACAAUACUGACUACACCAGUGAUGAACGAUACAAUGAUGUCUUCAAUAGUUACGAAUGAUACAAUACCAACUACACCAGUGAUGAACGAUACAAUACUACCUUUACUAGUUACGAAUGAUACAAUACAGACCACACCAGUGAUGAACGAUACAAUACUGCCUUCACUAGUUACGAAUGAUACAAUACAGACCCUACUAGUGAUGAAUGGUACAAUGAUGUCUUCACUAGUUAUGAAUAUCACAAUACUGACUACGCCAGUGAUGAACGAUACAAUGAUGUAUUCACUAGUUACGAAUGAUACAAUACUGACUACACCAGUGAUGAACGAUACAAUACUACCUUCAUUAGUUACGAAUGAUACAAUACAGACCACACCAGUGAUGAACGAUACAAUGAUGUCUUUAUUAGUAACGAAUGAUACAAUACAAACAACACCAGUGAUGAACGAUACAAUACAGACUACACUUGUUGUAUCAGUUAAAGAGAUAGUAUCUUCCCCAUUUGGUGCAUCAUCUGAAAUGAAAUUAUUUUCCUCUGUUUUACCUUCAACUUCUAUGAAGCAACCCAGUUCAAGUGUGGUGGUUUUGGACAAUCAACUUUUAAUAACACUGCACGUGAAAGAAAGUGUGAAUAUCAAUAGUCAGGAAUUCAAAGACAAGAUUGAAAAAGGUAUGGGCCUUGAGGAAAGUUAUAUUGCAUCUAGUGGUCUACGGCUGAAAAGAUCGAUCAGAGAAAAAAGACAAGCAAAUCAAGGCGUUGAUGUCAAGGUAACAGACUCUCAAAGAACUAAUGGAUCAUCAGUUGAUGUAACAUUUGAGGUUCACAAAGAUGGCGCCGUUGUUCCAGCAACAGAAGCAGCAAAUACAUUCCAGAAGUUGUCUGCAGUUGAAUUGAGCACUAAAAUUGGAUAUCCUGUAGCACAACCAAUUGUUGCUUUGACAUCAGCGAACACAACACAGACUACACUAGUGAUGAAUUUCAUGAUAGAGACUUUAUCAGUGAUGAAUGACACAAUACAGACUACACCUGUAAUGUUUGAUACAAUACAGACUUCACAAGUGAUGAAUAAUACAAUAUAUACUACACCAGUGAUGGAGGAUACAAUACAGACUACACCAGUGAUAAACGAAACAAUGCUGUCUUCACUACUGAUGCAUGAUACAAUACAGACUACACCAAUAAUGAAUGAUACAAUACAGACUACACCAGUGAUGAAUGAUACAAUACAAACUACACCAGUGAUGAAUGAUACAAGACAGACUACACCAGUGAUGUAUGAUACAAUAAAGACUACACCAAUGAUGAAUGAUACAAUACAAACUACACCAGUGAUGAAUGAUACCAUUCAGACUACACCAGUGAUGAAUGAUACAAUGAUGCCUUCACUAGUGAUGAAUGAUACAAUACAGACUACACCUGUGAUAAACGAAACAAUGCUGUCUUCACAACUGAUGAAUGAUACAAUACAGACUACACUUGUGAUAAACGAAACAAUGCUGUCUUCACUACUGUUGAAUGAUACAAUUCCGACUUCACCAGUGAUAAACGAAACAAUACUGCUUUCACUACUGAUGAAUGACACAAUACAUACUACACCAGUGAUAAACGAAACAAUGCUGUCUUCACUAGUGAUGAAUGAUACAAUACAGACUACACCAGUAAUGAACGAUACAAUACCGACUACACCAGUGAUAAACGAAACAAUGCUUCCUUCAUUACUGAUGAAUGAUACAAUACAGACUACACCAGUGAUAAUCGAAACAAUGCUGUCUUCACUACUGAUGAAUGAUACAAUACAGACUACACCAGUGAUAAACGAAACAAUGAUGUCUUCACUACUGAUGAAUGAUACAAUACCGACGACACCAGUGGUAAACGAAACAAUGCUGCCUUCACUACUAAUGAAUGAUACAAUACAGACUACACCAGUGAUAAACGAAACAAUGCAGACUACACUACUGAUGAAUGAUACAAUACAGACUACGCCAGUGAUGAACGAAUCAAUGAUGUCUUCACUACUGAUGAACGAUACAAUACAGACCACACCAGUGAUAAACGAAACAAUGUUGUCUUCACAACUGAUGAAUGAUACAAUACAGACUACACCUGUGAUAAACGAAACAAUACUGUCUUCACUACUGUUGAAUGAUACAAUACCGACUACACCAGUGAUAAACGAAACAAUGCUGCCUUCACUACUGAUGAAUGAUACAAUACAGACUACACCAGUGAUACACGAAACAAUGCUGUCUUCACUAGUGAUGAAUGAUACAAUACAGACUACACCAGUGAUAAACGAAACAAUGCUGUCUUCACUACUGAUGAACGAUACAUUACAGACUACACCAGUGAUAAACGAAACAAUGCAGACUACACCAGUGAUAAAUGAUACAAUACAGACUACACCAGUGAUAAACGAAACAAUGCUGCCUUCACUACUGAUGAAUGAUACAAUACAGACUACACCAGUAAUGAACGAUACAUUACAGACUACACCAGUGAUAAACGAAACAAUGCAGACUACACCAGUGAUAAAUGAUACAAUACAGACUACACCAACUACACCAGUGAUAAACGAAACAAUGCUGCCUUCACUACUGAUGAAUGAUACAAUACAGACUACACCAGUAAUGAACGAUACAAUACCGACUACACCAUUGAUAAACGAAACAAUGCUGCCUUCACUACUGAUGAAUGAUACAAUACAGACUACACCAGUGAUAAACGAAACAAUGCUGUCUUCACUAGUGAUGAAUGGUACAAUACAGACUACACUCACACCACAUCAUCCUAUAUCUACACAAGUGAUAAACGAAACGUUGCUGUCUUCACUACUGAUGAAUGAUACAAUACAGACUACACCAGUAAUGAACGAUACAAUACCGACUACACCAGUGAUAAACGAAACAAUGCUGCCUUCACUACUGACGAAUGAUACAAUACAGACUACACCAGUGAUAAACGAAACAAUGCUGUCUUCACUAGUGAUGAAUGGUACAAUACAGACUACACUCACACCACAUCUUCCUAUAUCUACACAAGUGAUAAACGAAACGUUGCUGUCUUCACUACUGAUGAAUGAUACAAUACAGACUACACCAGUGAUGAACAAAACAAUAUUGUCUUCACUCAUAGUGAAUGAUACAAUACAAACGAUACCAGUAAUGAAUAAUACAAUACAGACUACACCAGUAAUAAACGGAACAUUGAUGCAUUCACUACUGAUGAAUGAUACAAUACAGACUACACCAGUAAUAAAUGGAACAUUGAUGCAUUCACUACUGAUGAAUGAUACAAUACAGACUACACCAGUGAUUAACGAAAUAAUGCUGCCUUCACUACUGAUGAAUGAUACAAUACAGACUACACCAGUGAUAAACCAAACAAUGCUGUCAUCACUACGUUUGAAUGAUACAAUACAGACUACGCCAGUGAUAACCGAAACAAUGCUGUCUUUACUACUGUUGAAUAAUACAAUACAGACUAUACCAGUGAUAAACGAAUCAAUGCUGUCUUCACUACUGAUAAAUGAUACAAUACAGACUAUACCAGUGAUAAACGAAUCAAUGCUGUCUUCACUACUGAUGAAUGAUACAAUACAGACUACACCAGUGAUAAACGAAACAAUGCUUUCUUCACUACUGAAGAUUGAUACAAUACAGACUAUACCAGUGAUAAACGAAUCAAUGAUGUCUUCACUACUGUUGAAUGAUACAAUACCGACUACACCAGUUGUAACCGAAACAAUGCUGCCUUCACUACUGAUGAAUGAUACAAUACAGACGACACCAGUGAUAAACGAAACAAUGCUGUCUUCAAAACUGAUGAAUGAUACAAUACGGACUACACCUGUGAUAAACGAAACAAUGCUGUCUUCACUACUGUUGAAUGAUACAAUACCGACUACACUAGUGAUAACCGAACCAAUGCUGCCUUCACUACUGAUGAAUGAUACAGUACAGACUACACCAUUGAUAAACGAAACAAUGCAGACUACACCAGUGAUAAAUGAUACAAUACAGACUACACCAGUGAUGAACGAAACAAUCUUGUCUUCACUCAUAGUGAAUGAUACAAUACAAACGACACCAGUAAUGACUGAUACAGUACAGACUACACCAGUGAUAAACGGAACAUUUAUGCCUUCACUACUGUUGAAUGAUACAAUACCGACUACACUAGUGAUAACCGAACCAAUGCUGCCUUCACUACUGAUGAAUGAUACAGUACAGACUACACCAUUGAUAAACGAAACAAUGCAGACUACACCAGUGAUAAAUGAUACAAUACAGACUACACCAGUGAUGAACGAAACAAUCUUGUCUUCACUCAUAGUGAAUGAUACAAUACAAACGACACCAGUAAUGACUGAUACAGUACAGACUACACCAGUGAUAAACGGAACAAUGCUGCCUUCACUACUGUUGAAUGAUACAGUACAGACUACACCAGUGAUAAACGGAACAUUGAUGUCUUCACUACUGAUGAAUGAUACAAUACAGAAGACACCAGUGAUAAACGAAACAAAGCUGUCUUCACAACUGAUGAAUGAUACAAUACCGACUACACCAGUGAUAAACGAAACAAUGCUGCCUUCACUACUGAUGAAUGAUACAAUACAGGCUACACUAGUGAUAAACGAAACAAUGCUGUUUUCACUAGUGAUGAAUGGUACAAUACAGACUACAAAAGUGAUAAACGACACAUUGCUGUCUUCACUACUGAUGAAUGAUACAAUACAGACUACACCAACUACACCAGUGAUAAACGAAACAAUGCUGUCAUCACUACGUUUGAAUGAUACAAUACAGACGACACCAGUGAUAAACGAAACAAUGCUGUCUUCACUACUGAUGAAUGAUACAAUACAGACGACACCAGUAAUAAACGAAACAAUGCUAUCUUCACUACUGAUGAACGAUACAUUACAGACUACACCAGUGAUAAACGAAACAAUGCUGUCUUCACUACUGAUGAAUGAUACAAUACAGACCACUUUAGUGAUAAAUGAAUCAAUGCUGUCUUCACUAGUGUUGAAUGAUACAAUACAGACUACACCAGUGAUAAACGAAACAAUGCUAUCUUCACUACUGAUGAAUGAUACAAUACAGACUACACUAGUGAUAAACAAAACAAUGCUGUCUUCACUACUGAUGAAUGAUACAAUACAGACCACUUUAGUGAUAAAUGAAACAAUGCUGUCUUCACUAGUGCUGAAUGAUACAAUACAGACUACACCAGUGAUAAACGAAACAAUGCUAUCUUCACUACUGAUGAAUGAUACAAUACAGACUACACCAGUGAUAAACGAAACAAUGCUGCCUUCACUACUGAUGAAUGAUACAAUACAGACUACACCAGUGAUAAACGAAACAGUGCUGUUUUCACUACUGAUGAAUGAUACAUUACAGACUACACCAGUGAUGAACGAAACAAUGCUGUCAUCACUACUGAUGAAUGAUACAAUACAGACUACACCAGUGAUGAAUGAUACAUUACAGACUACACCAGUGAUGAAUGAUACAAUACAGACUACACCAACUACACCAGUGAUGAACGAAACAAUGUUGUCUUCACUCAUAGUGAACGAUACAAUACAAACGACACCAGUGAUAAAUGAUACAAUACAGACGACACAAGUGAUAAACGAAACAAUGCUGUCUUCACCUCUGAUGAAUGAUACAAUACAGACUACACCAGUGAUAAACGAAACAAUGCUGUCAUCACUACGUUUGAAUGAUACAAUACAGACGACACCAGUGAUAAACGAAACAAUGCUGUCUUCACUACUGAUGAAUGAUACAAUACAGACGACACCAGUAAUAAACGAAACAAUGCUAUCUUCACUACUGAUGAACGAUACAUUACAGACUACACCAGUGAUAAACGAAACAAUGCUGUCUUCACUACUGAUGAAUGAUACAAUACAGACCACUUUAGUGAUAAAUGAAUCAAUGCUGUCUUCACUAGUGUUGAAUGAUACAAUACAGACUACACCAGUGAUAAACGAAACAAUGCUAUCUUCACUACUGAUGAAUGAUACAAUACAGACUACACCAGUGAUAAACAAAACAAUGCUGUCUUCACUACUGAUGAAUGAUACAAUACAGACCACUUUAGUGAUAAAUGAAACAAUGCUGUCUUCACUAGUGUUGAAUGAUACAAUACAGACUACACCAGUGAUAAAAAAAACAAUGCUAUCUUCACUACUGAUGAAUGAUACAAUACAGACUACACCAGUGAUAAACGAAACAAUGCUGCCUUCACUAGUGAUGAAUGAUACAAUACAGACUACACCAGUGAUAAACGAAACAAUGCUGCCUUCACUACUGAUGAAUGAUACAAUACAGACUACACCAGUGAUAAACGAAACAAUGCUGUCAUCACUACUGAUGAAUGAUACAAUACAGACUACACCAGUGAUAAACGAAACAAUGCUGUCAUCACUACUGAUGAAUGAUACAAUACAGACUACACCAGUGAUAAACGAAACAAUGCUGUCAUCACUACUGAUGAAUGAUACAAUACAGACUACACCUGUGAUAAACGAAACAAUGCUAUCUUCACUACUGAUGAACGAUACAUUACAGACUACACCUGUGAUAAACGAAACAAUGCUAUCUUCACUACUGAUGAACGAUACAUUACAGACUACACCUGUGAUAAACGAAACAAUGCUAUCUUCACUACUGAUGAACGAUACAUUACAGACUACACCUGUGAUAAACGAAACAAUGCUAUCUUCACUACUGAUGAACGAUACAUUACAGACUACACCUGUGAUAAACGAAACAAUGCUAUCUUCACUACUGAUGAACGAUACAUUACAGACUACACCAGUGAUAAACGAAACAAUGCUGCCUUCACUACUGAUGAAUGAUACAAUACAGACUACACCAGUGAUAAACAAAACAAUGCUGUCAUCACUACUGAUGAAUGAUACAAUACAGACUACACCAGUGAUAAAAAAAACAAUGCUAUCUUCACUACUGUUGAAUGAUACAAUACAGACGAUACCAGUGAUAAACGAAACAAUGCUGUCUUCACUACUGAUGAAUGAUACAAUACAGACGACACCAGUGAUAAACGAAACAAUGCUGUCUUCACUACUGAUGAAUGAUACAUUACAGACUACACCAGUUAUAAACGAAAAAAUUAUGUCUUCCCUACUGAUGAAUGAUACAAUACAGACGAUACCAGUAAUGAAUGAUACAAUACAGACUACACCUGUGAUGGACGAAACAAUGCUGUCUUCACUAGUGAGGAAUGAUACAUUACAGACUACACCAGUUAUAAACGAAAAAAUUAUGUCUUCCCUACUGAUGAAUGAUACAAUACAGACGAUACCAGUAAUGAAUGAUACAAUACAGACUACACCUGUGAUGGACGAAACAAUGCUGUCUUCACUAGUGAGGAAUGAUACGAUACAGACUACACCAGUGAUAAACGAAACAUUGCUGUCUUCACUACUGAUGAAUGAUACAAUACAGACGAUACCAGUGAUAAACGAAACAAUGCUGUCUUCACUUCUGAUGAAUGAUACAAUACAGACUACACCAGUGAUAAACGAAACAAUGCUGUCUUCACUACUGAUGAAUGAUACAUUACAGACUACACCAGUUAUAAACGAAAAAAUUAUGUCUUCCCUACUGAUGAAUGAUACAAUACAGACGACACCAGUAAUGAAUGAUACAAUACAGACUACACCAGUGAUAAACGAAACAAUGAUGUCUUCACUAGUGAUGAAUGAUACAAUACAGACUACACCAGUGAUUAACGAAACAAUGAUGUCUUCACAACUGAUGAAUGAUACAAUACAGACGAUACCAGUAAUGAAUGAUACAAUACAGACUACACCUGUUAUGGACGAAACAAUGAUGUCUUCACUAGUGAUGAAUGAUACAAUACAGACUACACCAGUGAUGAAUGAAACAAUACAAACUACACUAGUGAUGAAUUAUACGAUACAGACUUCACCUGUUAUGAAUUAUACCAUAGAUACUUCACCUGUAAUGAACAUUACCACUGAUGAAUGA